AUGCUCACCGAUGAACAGCAAGCCAAGUUGGUGUCCACGUUGGUGGAAGAAGUGGACAAGCAGCUGAUAUAUGCGGAACCUGGGCCCGUUCAGUCACCGACGUGCGUGCACAGUGAGAUUUCGGUGGUGGCAACGACUAUCAAGAUCAACUUUCAGCCGGAUUUCCCGAUUGCUUGGGGCAAGAGGCCGAUGAACCUGACGCCAGAUCAGAGAUCCAAGGCCACUGCCAACAUGGUCCAAAAUGAUGGCAAGGUGUUGCUCUAUGCCAGGCUGAAGAAUCACGAGAUCAAGGAGGUGGCCCCCUUUUACGAUUUCAAGCAGGAAGCAUAUAACACUGCCGCCAGAAAGAUGGUAUACAAUAUCUCAAAGGUGUCGAACUCCAUCGCUGAGCUGCUGGUGAACGAGCGCGAAUAUACGGAGAUCUGCUGGCGGCUGGCCCACGAGGGAUGGCCUAUCAUGCAGGUCCAGUCAAUUACCGAAGUUAUCAAGAGAACUUUGGAGCGCUGGAAGAGGGAGGCCUCCCUGCUCUACGCCAAGGUUUACGUGGCCAACUACUACAACUCUAUUUGUAACAAUAAUGUAUUUCUCGAUUGA